CCACCACGAGGGCUUCAUGAACUUCAUGCAUAGGGAUGAAGAGGUGAAUUACUUCCCUUCGAGAUAUAACCCGGUCAGUCACGCUGAGAAGUACCCCUUGCCGCCCAAUGUGUUGACCGGAAAGAGAGAAAGGUGUGUGAUUCCGAAGGAGAACAAUAACUUUAAGCAAGCUGGAGACAGAUACCGAUCGUGGGCACCAGACAGGCAGGAGCGGUUCGUGCGGCGGUUUGUGGAAGCCCUAUCGGAUCCCCGCGUGACGCACGAGGUUCGCAACAUCUGGAUCUCCUACUGGUCUCAGGCUGAUAGGUCUCUGGGGCAGAAGAUAGCGUCUCGCAUGAACGUGAGGCCCAACAUCUAAGUAAGAAAAGCAAAAUCCAAUGUUAUUUGGGUUUUGGGUUUAUCCACCGAACCGUGUCCAGCUUCAGAAUAUUAAUGUUAUGUAUUAUGUAAUGUUAAUAUAAUAUAUGGUAUUAGAAGCAAAAGUAUGUGAAGAAGAUCAAGAACAACAAUCUGCCUACUUUAAUUUCCUCUGGAUCGAACUUCUUUUGUUUGUAUCAAUCCUUUGUUGGCUGUUUGCUACCUAUUGUUGAAUAAUAAUGCCUACCCUUCCUCCUUUCAAUUCAAA